AUGGCGAGCCCAAGCGCCGCUAAUAUCGACCUCCCAUCUCCAAUUCUUGAUCUCAACUACCCCAUCACCUCUUUCUCCAACAAGGAUUCAUUGCCAAAGAAAUGGUGGCACUCUUGCUCAGGAGGCGACAAAAACCUCUCCCAUCCUGAAGUCAUGAGCCUUACAUCCUUCGACAACAGCUACUUGCGCAACUUGUGGAUUCAGAAACAGUUAUCCACAGGCCCUGCUGCUCGCAAGUUUAUAGCACUCACGUUCAUCAGGAUCAGUAUGGCAUUUAUGGAUUUCAAGAGGAUAUAUGAGGGAAAAUAUCUGACGAGGGAUCAGAAGGAACCUCAUAUCUUGUUUCAAUGUUGGAUUGUCUAUUGGCAAGAAUAUUCGCCGCCUUUGUGGCCACUGCACAUGUUAGCAAGGAAGAUAGUUUACAGUAAGAUUCAUUCAGCCAUUGGAAUAUCAAAGGCUGGCAUCAGUGGAGGUGGAAGCUUGCCUCCAUUUAUUGAUAAAUUCUUUGAGUUGAGAUGGCUGCUGCAGGCCAUUGGUGUGACUGUACAGAACGGGUAUGGUCUAACAGAAUGUUCUCCCGUUACUGCUGCUCGAAGACAAUCCAUCAGCUACAAGUCAGGUCUUGAUGCAAGCGGCUGGUUCAACACAGGUGAUGUUGGUUGGAUGGCACUCACCAUUCUUCAGGGGCGAAGCCGCACUCUGGAGGUGAAAAUGUUGAACCUGGCAGAGAUUGAAGAGGCUGCAAUGAGGAGUAGCCUGAUACAACAGAUUGUUGUUAUUGGACAGGAUCAACGGCGUCUAGGAGCUAUAAUUGUGCCAAACAAAGAAGAGGCCCUGCUGGUUGCUAAAAGGAUGUCAAUUGUUACUGACAUGCUUUAA